AUGGGGUAUAAACUUGCUGGUAAGAGUUCAACAGGAAACAGCAUCCUGGGCAGAGAGGCGUUUGACUUGAAGAGAUCUGCUCAGUGUGUGAAGAGACAUGGAGAAACAUCUGCUCAGUGUGUGAGGAGACAUGGAGAAGUAGCAGACAGACACAUCACUGUCAUUGAAGCUCCAGGAUGGUGGAGGAAUUACACUGUAGAGAACAGUCCUGAGUUACUGAAACAGGAGAUUGUGCUCAGUGUGUCUCUGUGUCCUCCAGGACCACACGCUGUACUACUGAUCAUACGUGUGGACUACAUGUUUAAAGAGACUGAGAGAAAAGCAGUGCAGGGGCAUCUGGAUCUUCUCGGUGAGAGAGUCUGGAGUCACACUAUAGUGCUGUUCACUCAUGGAGACUCUCUGUUAGACACAUCUAUAGAGCAGCACAUUGAGAGUGAAGGGCAGGAUCUCCAGUGGCUGCUGGACAAAUGUGGGAACAGGUAUCAUGUUCUCAACAAUCAGAACAGGAGUGACCACACUCAGAUCAAGGAGCUGCUGGAGAAGAUUGAGGAGACAGUGACACAAAACAAAUGCCUUAUUAGGAGGAAGAGCAGCCCUAUUAAAAUACAGGGAACUGAUAAUAAAAUAAAAUCAGAAGAGCGAAUGCAGCCAUGGAUAGAUGACGUCAGAUCACAAACGAGUGAGUGAAAUCACAAAACUGUAUGAAUAUCUCAGUUGUGUUUGUCAUCAGUGUUUUUUUUAUAGCUCUUCAGAUGUUGGUUAUGUAAGAUUUUUUU